AUGGAGGCACAGAAAAGUCAACCGGAAAAACAGCAAUCACCUGCCGUCACUUCAUGUCGACGGAAGGUGAAGGAUGAUGCCACUUUUUUGGAGGAUGUGAAGGAUCACAUUGAUGAGUUCCUUCAUGCAUCUAUGGAAGAGCACAAGAAUUGUUUUACGAAGACUAUCAAGAAGAUGUUUGGAAUGUCAAAGAUUGUUGCUGAGAGGAGUGCUGAUGCUAAGGAAGUUGAAAGUUCUCUGCCUCUCCGAACUACAGUGGCAGAGUAG